CAGCCUGCCGUGGUCUGGGACCCCUGCUGAGGGUGACUUCAGCUGUGGCCUGAAGGAAGAGGGAGGCAAGGGGCGGGAGUGUUCCUGCAGAAGAAAGGCAAGGGCACAGCCCCCAGAGAUGGAAGGAGAGUCUGUCACAAACCUCUGAAGCUGCGGCAAUCCAUGCUGGUGCACCAGGAGGGGACAGAGGCCAGAGGCCCCUCUUAGGCUGGUCUGUGUGUCGUCCAUCCUUCAGCCCUCCGUCGAGUGUCACAGCUGCCACCAGAGUCUCAGGAAUCAUGUGGCCUUUGAAGUCUGUGGCCAGCUCCAACCCUGGACUCUCUUCCCAGUUCCCCCAGCCCCAUGGCCUCCAAAGAUGCAAGUUCAUGGCCUUCAUUUUUCCUUUGUGCCAACAGCCAGGACAUCACCAAAAUGAUAACCACAGGAAAGUUACAGUGUCCUAGAAGGAUCUUAUAUUCAUGAUCCUCGUCUGCGUUCCCUCAUUCCCUGGUCUAAACAGAGUCAGACACCAGGCCCUGCCCUUUCUUUUUGCCUCAACACUUCUCAGAAGUCAGAGGUCCAAAAUUCACCCGGGUAACAGAGCACCGGGAAGUUAUGGGUUCCCUAAGGAAACCAGUGAUCACUGAUGUUUCUAAUUCCAUCACAGGAAAGGAGGGUCAGGACCCAAUCCUAGAUGAGGUACAGGAAGCUCAGUGGUUAGUGCACAGCCUGUGGGUUGUGCAAACCUUGGAUUGAAUUCCACCUCCAACACUUACUAAUUGUAUGACUUUGGGAAAGUCACUCCAUUUCUCAGAGUCUCAGUGCUCUGGACUGAAUUGUGUCUCCCUCUAAAUUCAUAUGUUGAAGCCCUAGCCCCCAGUGUGACUAUAUUUGGAGAUGGGGCCUUUAGGAAGGUAAUUAAGGUUAAAUGAAGUCAUAAGGGUGGGGCCCUGAUUCAAUAGGACUGGUGUCCUUAUUAGAAGAGAUCAGAAAUCUCUCUCUCUCCAGAAUUCUCUCUCUCCCUGCAUGCACAGAAGAAAGGCCAUAUGAGGACACAGCAAGAUGCUGACCAUCUGCAAGCCAGCAAGAGAGCUCUCGCCAGAAACCAGCCCUGACAGCACCUUGAUUUUGGACUUCUAGCCUCCAGAGCAGUGAGAGAAUAAAUUUCUGUUGUUUAAGCCACGCAGCCUGUGGUGCUCUGUGAUGGCAGCCCGAGCUGACUAAUACACUCAUUCUCCUCAUCUGCAAAGCAGGGAUAAAAUUAGGACCUGCAUCAUGAAGCUAUUGUGAGAAUCCAGUGAGGAAAUUCAUGUGUAAUGCCUGCCUGUUUAACUUUCCUACAGCACCUUCGGCACCUGGAACAGUGCCUGGGGUAUAGUGGAUAUUCAGUAGCUACCUACUGAAUGAAUAACUACAUCCACCAAGAAAGGAAGCUGUCAAACUAAAUAUAAGUGUGUAUUUCUGAGCUUUUCACUAACCUCCAUCUCCUUGAUCAUUGAUCAUCACUCACCAGCAAAUGACAGCAGGCACAAAGGAUCUAAGAGAAGUGUCUGCAGGGAUGGUCUCCUGGUUUUAAUUGGAUCUGCCAUUAAUACCCUGUCUUCUGUGAACUGGACAAGCUCAGCAGGAGCAAGGCCAGGUUGGGGCCACCCCUUCCACCCCCAAGAUGUGCAGGUAAGUGACCAACCCCCAGAUGCGUAGGAGCCCCUGCAAGUCGAGUCUCCCCUGAGGCCUCUGGACACCUCCUGCCCAUUAUAGUCCGGUGCUGCUAAGUCACUGGGGCCUAGCUCUUCCACCUGUCUUGGUCAGAAUUAGGGAUGCAUGGGGUAGGGGAUUGGCAUAGGUGGAACAGGCUGUGAGACCCCCUUAUCUCCAAAACGCCUCACUGGUCUUGCUGCAGUGUUGGAAAGGCCCAUCAUGAAUGGUUCCUUUGAGGCCACUGUAAGAGUGCAGAUGGGUUAUGAUAUUUUGGAGAGAGAGUAAGUCAUUGUGCUAGAGAGGGACUGGGCCACGAGGAGAUGAGGACAGUCUCACCAGUCUCCCAUCCAGACUCCCCAGCUUGGAGAAAAGAUGACCCCUGCCCAUCUCCUCUGUCUGCCCCAGGGACCUGGAGACGCAGGCAUCCCCUCCCAGAAGCCCAGGAGGAGGAGGAAGAAGAGGAGGAUAAAUAUGAGCUGCCCCCCUGUGAGGCUCUGCUCCGCCACCUAGCCCCCGCCCACCUUCCUGGCACUGAGGAGGACUCUUUGUACUUGGAUCACUCUGGCCCCCUGGGCCCUCCCAUGUCACCACCACCACCGCCACCACCGCCACCGCAGCCCCAGCCCGAGGUGAUGAACAGCCUCCCCACCUGCCCCACCCCAGGCUACCAUUUCCCACCCAAGGCAGCGUGGAGCCCGCCGGAGGCCACAAAGCAGAGCUGGCCCUUUGGGAGGCGAGAGCUGGGUGCACCAGACCGGGCGGUGCCGGGCCCAGCAAAGAAGCCCGAGGAGGACAUAUACCUAGAUUGUGAGCCCGGUCCAGCCCCGGCCUUGCCUCAGACUCCGAGCUCCCCAGUCCUGAGGCCCCCAGUCCCUCUACCAAGGACAUCAGUGGGGCCCAGGCCCACCACGGCCCCCCAGGAAGCUCGGAAUGGAGCGUCGAAUGCCACCUCUAAAGGAAGGAGAGCCUCUCUUUGCUCUGUAGCUGCCACCCAGAAUGCCCCAGCUGCCGAGGAAGGUGAUCUGCUGGGCCAGCCUUGGUACUCAGGGAACUGUGACCGCCACGCUGUUGAGAGUGCCCUGCUCCGAUGCCAAAAGGACGGGGCCUACACCGUGCGCCCCAGCUCAGGCCCUCGUGGUUCUCAGCCCUUCACCCUGGCAGUACUUCUCCACGGCCGGGUCUUCAACAUUCCCAUCCGCGGGCUGGAUGGCGGGCGCCACUACGCCCUGGGCCGGGAAGGCAGGAACCACGAGGAGCUCUUCUCCUCCGUGGCCGCCAUGGUCCAGCACUACCUGCAGCACCCCCUACCGCUCGUGGACGGACACAGCGGCAGCCGGCAGCUCACCUGCCUGCUCUUCCCCACCAAGCCCUGACGCCACAGCGCACGUGCACCCCGGCCUCCGGUUCCAUAGUUUGCUCCUUGGGCUGUCUCCCUCUCCUCUCCCAGGUCGCAGGGUUCCAGAAUCAAACCUCAGUCAUGUUCCCAAGCCACAAGUUUCCAUAAUCAAACCUCAGUCAUGUUCCCAGGCCACAGGGUUCCAGAAUCAAACCUCAGUCAUGUUGCCAGGCCAGAGGGUUCCACCAUCAAACCUCAGUCAUGUUCCCAGGCCAAAGGUUUCGAGAAUCAAACCUGAGUUAUUUUCCCAGGCCACAGGGUUCCAGAAUCAAGCCUCAGUCAUUUUCCCAGGCCAGAGGGCUCCAGAAUCAAACCUCAGUCAUAUUCUCAGGCGACAGGGUUCCAAAAUCAAGCCUCAGUCAUGUUGCCUGGCCACAGGGUUCCACAAUCAAACCUCAGUCAUGUUCCUAGGACACAGGGUUCCAGAAUCAAACCUCAGUCAUGUUCCCAGGGCACAGGGUUCCAGAAUCAAGCCUCAGUCAUUUUCCGAGCGCAGAGGUUUCCACAAUCAAAUCUCAGCCGUGCUCCCAGGCCACAGGGUUUGAGAAUCAAACCUCAGUCAUGUUCCCAGGCCACAGGGUUCCACAAUCAAAUUGAUGUCAUAUUCCCAGGCCACAGGGUUCAGGAACCAAACCGAUGUCAUGUUCCCAGGCCACAAGAUUCCAGAAUUAAACCUCAGACAUGUUCCCAGGUAACAGGGUUCCAGGAUCAAACCUCCGUUAUGUUCCCAGGAUACAGCGUUCCACAAUCAAACCUCAGUCAUGAUCCCAGGCCACAGUGUUCCACAAUCAAAUUGAUGUCAUGUUCCCAGGCCACAGGGUUCCACAAUCAAACCUCAGUAAUGUUUCCAUGCCAGAGGGUUCCACAAUCAAACCGAUGUCAUGUUCCCAGGCCACAGGGUUCGAGAAUCAAAUCGAUGUCAUGUUCCCGGGCACAGGGUUCCACAACCAAACCGAUGUCAUAUUCCCAGGCCACAGGAUUCCAGAAUCAAGCCUCAGUCAUUUUCCCAGGCCAGAGGGUUCCACAGUAAAACCUCAGUCAUGUUCCCAGGCAACAGGGUUCCACAAUCAAGGCUCAGUCGUGUUCCCAGGCCACAGGGUUCCAGAAUCAAACCUCAGUCAUGAUCCCAGGCCAGAGGAUUUCACAAUCAAACCUCAGUCAUGUUCCCAGGCCAGAGGGUUCCAGAAUCAAAUCUCAGUCAUGUUCCCAGGCCACAGGAUUCCACAAUCAAACCGAUGUUAUGUUCCCACACCACAGGGUUCCAGAAUCAACCCUCCAGCCCCUGCUCCCCCAUCCCAUGCCCCAGUCCCUGCAGGCCUCCCUGAGAGGCAUGGGGAAGGGUCGCCCAGAGACAGAAAGGGUCCCUAAGAUCCCACCCCAUGCUCACCCAGAGCCUGGCACUGCCACUCCCUGCUGCACCUCCAAGACUGGGAAGCAGCGGACAGGCAGGGCCUCCAUUCCCGGCCCCCAGACAUGGCCUCCCAAGCUGCUCUGAAUGAAGGCCUCCUCCGGGAAGCUGAGCCUCAGGGGGAUAGUAAGGGCACUGCUUCUACACAAAGAGAAUCCUCUCACAUUUUGGAGGAGGCUUAACACGGGGCAGGCAUCUGGAAGGAAUUUGGUCGCCC